CGGCUCUAUUCUUGCACCUGUCGGAAGGAAGAAGGCGCUGCCUUCAUCUCAGGGCGAGGGCAGAUGCUCCUCUUUCUGCUGCCCGACGCUGGAGCGCAGCCUCUGCUCCGAAGAGGCCCCGGGUCGUCCUCGGUCACCUCGAAAGGCCACCUUCGCUCCUCCCUCGGGCUCCGGCGGCGCCUCCUCUGCCCUGCCUCCUGCGACUCCCGCCUUAUCUUCGCAGGGCCGGUCGGUCGAUGCCCGGGGAACGGGCUCUGCAUCCUGCCGGCCGGAUCCCACCGUCGCUGGGCGGAUGCAGCCUUCCCUUGCCCCUGCCUCUACCGAGCCUUUAGCCAUGCUGGACCCCGCAGGGCACUUCACGAAAAGAAAGAAAACAUCUCUUUGGUUCACAGUCGCCCUUUUGGUAGUGUCCGUUUUCAUACUGACCAUAGGCCUUGCAGCAACCACAAGAACUGAAAAUGUAACUGUGGGAGGCUAUUAUCCAGGAAUAAUACUUGGCUUUGGAUCCUUCCUAGGGAUUAUUGGGCUGCAUCUGGUAGAGAAUCGAAAACAAAUGCUGAUAGCAUCCAUUGUGUUCAUCAGCUUUGGAGUGGUAGCAGCUUUUUGUUGUGCAAUCGUUGAUGGUGUGUUUGCAGCACGUCAUAUAGAACCCAGGCCUUUGUAUACUAAAAGGUGCCAGUAUUAUACAAGUGGAAUUGGAUACUUAUUUGAUGCCUACCAGACAGAGGUGACCUGUUAUGCCUUAAAUAACAAAUGCCAGCUGAAAGUGAAAAGUAACACAUGUUACUGCUGUGAUUUAUAUAACUGUGAAAACUCAGAACACUCUACCAGUUAUUAUGAAUUCCUUGGAGUAAGCAGCUGUCAGGAUGUGGUUCACCUCUAUCGAUUGCUUUGGUCAUCCACCGUCUUAAACAUCAUUGGCUUGUUCCUUGGCAUAAUCACAGCAGCCAUACUUGGGGCCUUUAAAGAUGUGGUGCCUGUUUCCCAAAUUGCCUUCAGCUCUGCUCCGCCACCACAGAUCCUUUACAAUCCUGCUCAGCAGAUCUUGACAUAUGCUGGAUUUUGUCCUUCAGCAGCUUCUGUUCCUCAUUAUCCUUCCUAUCAUCUGCCCCUUCAGCCUACCGGCAAUUUCCCAACAUCUUCGUCUACUGAUGUAUCUUUAGCUGAUGACCCCCAGCCACCUUCUCAGGCCAGCUGUAACCAUGCGGUGCCUCCUAAUGCUCCUCCAUUAUACACACCAGCCUAUUACUUGUCAGGUGAAAAGCCUCCACCAUUAUACUUUUGACAAAGGCAAAAGGAACCAAGAAAGGAGAAUGGAAGCCACUAUUGAACAUAUGGAUUUAAAUGUUCCUUGUUCUCUCCAUAAUUGCUGUUUGCCAUGAAAGAUUUUUCUAAAACCCAAAUCCAAACUUAUGUCUAAAUUAGAUAGCAAAACACGUUUGCUAAACUUAAGCUUUGAAUGGGAAAAAUGUUAAAAUCUCACUGCCCAUGUUCACCUACAGAAAAUGCUGUCCUUCCAUCGAAUAAUUCAACAAAAAGUUUUAUUUUUUUCAUAUUUUGUAAGUUAGGAAGCAGCAUUAAAAAAAUACAGAAUUAUUUUUAAACAUUCAGUCCACACAAAGUAAUUUACCAGCAACCAUGAACUGUCUUUCAACUACUCACCUCAGACAAUAAUUUGCAACUUCUGGUUAUUAACAUUAGUCUUCUCAACUAUUUACAAAUAUAUUACAUAUUUUAAAUCCUCUCAAGCAAAGAAA